AUGUCGUCGCAGCGGGAGUCGCAGCUGGAGGAUGCGUUAAGGUCUUCCGUUCGGGAAUCGGAAGACAUCUUGUUAUGGUCUCAAUGCUCAUUUGCACCUUCAUCGGUCAAUACUUCACACAACUGGGUGGAUGACGUCGCAUUGGCUGUCGUUCGCCAUAGAAGUGAAGGCCCAUCUCUAUUUCUUUACGAGUUGUCUCGCUCUGCCCCUCUCAUCGUUCGAUUGAUUGACAUCUUCCCGGUGACCCCUAAGCUCACCAUUACCUCAAAGAGAGCCACGGUUGCCCGCGACGCCCGACUAGGAAUGAACGAUGGAAUACUUGGCACUACUCUGGAGUAUGUCCAAGUGGAUGUCCGGGCCACUUCUAGAAGUGCAGUAUGCCUUAUAUCUCAUCAUGUCUCUGGCAUGGAAGCUAUUGUGAAUGAAGUAGAGUGGUUGCGGGUUACGGACUCAAGUUUCCCGCACAACGAUUCAGGCCACUGGCUUGCGCACUACAGCGCGUCUAUCUCGAACCUCCAUGAUAUCCCAGGUCGUCUUCACAACUAUAGAACGUAUCUCCGUUCAGUACCUCCGCCCUUGGUAUUGUCCGAUGCUGGUGCUGGGUUCGUCAGCGAUGAGGACUCUGACAUUAUGCAGAUACGCGAGGCGUGGAUCAGGGAGCAAGCUCUCCUUUACAGUGUUACCACGGAAAGAGAGGAUACCUGGUAUACAGCCAUUCUCGAAGGGUUAGGGGAAGAUCUGGCACAGAAAUAUUCGAAGGUAUUUACUUUGGCUGUUGGCGGUUUGUUAGGCUCAUUCGCCUUGAAGCUAGCCUCAAGGCAGCUAGUGGGGAUGCUUAUCAUCGUCUUGAUUCAUGAAUCUCUUCAGUCCUCACUUGCCGUCGGUUCCGUAUCCUCAGCUUCGGCAGGAGCUGGGUUGUUGGGGACAAUGGGGAAUAAAGGGGCCGUAGCCAUUCGAUUCACGUUAGAUGACACGGCUCUUUGCUUCGUAAAUUCUCAUCUUGCUGCAGGUGAUGAGAUGACUUUGAGACGCAAUAAUGACUACCAUGAGCUUUGUCGGCGACUUCAGUUCCCCUUGGAGACCCAAUCAUCCUCAACUCUCGAUGAUUGCGACAUCUUGUUCUGGCUUGUGGGGUGGUAUGUGCGAUUCCCGAUGUUCUUUCCACCGUCGAUGCCGAUUCUCUGCGCGAAUCAAGAUCUUAAUUAUCGUAUCAACUUGCCUGAUCAUGAAGUACGAGUUCUCAUCGGCGAUGCGCCACUUACCGGGUACCAAGAUUUACUCUCCUUCGAUCAGUUCAAUCAGCAAAGGGGUGAAGGGAGCGUCUUCACUGGAUACUCGGAACAGUCAAUAUCCUUCCCCCCGACCGUCCGGGGUCACACAUCCUCAAUCUACGACUCCAAACGGACACCGGCCUGGACGGACCGAAUACUAGUUAAAGGUUCUCCACGCAUUGUCACACCAAUCUCCUACACGAGUUACCCGGAGAUUCCAAUCAGUGAUCACAAACCUGUGGCAGCAGAAUAUUUGGUGACACUUCGCACCUUGCAAUGGGAGGAAUUCGACAAGACUAUCACUCGGUUUCUUGACUUCAUUAAUGCAGAACCUUUCGAUGAAAUAGCGGCUUUGGGGCUAACAGUCCUUAACUCUGAGAUAGAUUUCGGUGUUGUUCGUUAUGAUCGUCCUUCUCAACGAGAAAUUGCGGUCAGAAACGAUAGAAAUGUGGUCGUUUUCUUUAGGUUCCUUCCUUUAAAGCAAAAUGAAGGCAUAGUCUCAACUUGGCUCUCCCUAGAACCAUCUCAUGGUCUAGUUGCCCCGGGAGCCCAGAUAAACAUUCUCUGUACCGCCAGGAUCAGCGGCUCCGUUGCAUCGCGGUUUAAUCCCCCACGACUAUUAAGUGAUCUCGAGGCUACUCUUGUCCUUCAUGCUGCUCGGGGACGAGAUGCUUUUGUAUCCGUCAAAGGAACAUUCGCUCGUACAUGUAUUGGGACAGACCUCGCUGUUCUCUCGAGGCUCACUGUGCCAGUGAGGGAGUUCAGCGCCGAUUCUGAUUUAGGCUCGGCAUCAGACUCCCUGGCUGCGCCCCCUCAAAUUCUCAAAUUGAUUAACUGGCUUAUGACUGAAGCACUAGACGUGGACGACCUAUUCCUUCGUGCACCCGAUGCCGACUCGAAACUGAGAAUACUGGAGCUUCUGGAUAUCGGAAAAGAUCUCCCCACUUUCCAGGGGUCUGAUGGUCAAUUUGGUCAUUCUGAACCCUUCGGUGGGAAAUUAGCAAUGACGUCGCAUGCUGUUGCUUCGUGUCUCGUCGGGCUUAUAGAAUAUUCCCCUACGCCUCUAAUUCCCUAUGAAUUAUAUGGGAGAUGUGCGCUCAUCGACUCGCGAGAGGGCGCAUUCGAGAUUGUUGACUUGCUACCACCGGUGUCAGCAAACGCCGUUAUUUCUCUGACAGCAUAUCUCCACUUGUACUUGCAACAUCAUUCAAACCUGUCUAGAAAGAAAAUAGUAUUAGCAUCCGUUUUCGGCUCACUGUUCUUUCCUGAUCCCCCAGAACACAGGAUGCUUAUGACACCUUUGAUGAAGCGGCGGUUCAUUUUACAGUUCCUUGAUUAA